UCGCAUGCAAGGGGUAAAGAACCGGUACUCUCCCGCCAGGCCCAGAGUACUUCUACAGCAAAGGUCUCUGGAGUCUGGUCUCAUUCUCAUCUGAGACAGACUGGGAUCAUGGUGUUCAGAAUCUCACGCGCCCAGCGCUUGAUGGUGGUUGUUGGUAUCUCCUCGCUCUUCUUCGUGGCUGAGAUCUCAGUUGGUUUCUAUACACAUUCCCUUGCUUUGGUGGCCGAUGCAUUCCACUAUUUGAAUGACCUCGUCGGAUUUAUUGUCGCCCUAGUUGCUCUCAAGGUAUCCGAGGCAGAUGACUCGCCCAAAGCCCUCUCUUUCGGGUGGCAACGAGCCCAGUUGCUGGGUGCCUUUUUCAACGGAGUCCUUCUCUUCGCCCUUGGGAUUAGCAUCUUUCUUCAGUCCAUCGAGCGAUUCAUCGCGAUCCAACGCGUCGAAAACCCUAAGCUCAUGUUCAUAAUGGGAGCCAUCGGGCUGGUCCUCAAUCUCGUCAGCGCCACGUUUCUCCACGGCGAUGCAGCCAACAACCUUGGGGUGAUGGCCGCAGCCCUGGUCAUCUGGCUCACCCACUAUGCAGGCCGAUUCUAUGCAGACCCCGGCACAAGCAUGGGAAUAGCUGUGAUGAUCAUGCUGUCUUCAGUCCCUCUCGUACGGCGAUGUGGAAUUAUCUUACUAGAAAGCGCACCCAGUGGAGUCGAUCUCGAGGAUGUGAAGCAUGAUCUGGAAAAGAUCCCGGGGGUUUUAUCCAUCCACGAACUACAUAUUUGGCGUCUCAACCAGCAUAAGGCGCUCGCAUCGGUGCAUGUGAUGGUGUCGGACUACUCGGUGCCGAAUUUCUUGAGACUGACCAAGACGAUCAACGAAUGUUUCCAUGCAUAUGGAAUUCACUCUACCACGCUUCAGCCGGAGCUGGCACGACCGGAGACGAUCACGGCGGACAGGCAGAUCACCGAGAUAGAGGAGUUGGGAUUACCAAAGGAAGCUUCAGAGAAGUGCCAGGUGGUAUGUGGGACAUUAUGCGAGGAAUUGACAUGUUGUGGAUAGAAGAAGUUGAAAACGAAAACGAGCAGAGGGAAAGAGGGAGGAUGAUGAAUGGGAAAGGAAAAAGGAGGAGGAGGAGAAGCAGAAGGCCGACGUCACGGGAGAGCGGGGUCAGAUGAUUCGGGCCAUUAUCUACUAUCUAUCUACUUACCAUCCACUAUCUACUAUCUAUCCUCCCUCUUGUUCCUCUC